CCGAUAUUUUACGGUAGAGGUGUUAGAAAGUUUGCUGCUAAAAAUUACAGUUAUCCGUUCCAUAACAUACCUGUUGAGCCUUAUUUGAUACUUAACCAGUUCUAGUAACUUUCCUUGAAGCAUUUAUGUGGCGGGUUGAAGUGGCACACGUCGCGUCUGUUUCAAAUACCCCGACAAUUUUAGAGAUGGAACGUUCUCAUGGCUGUAACAGAUUUUGUAUAUGAGAAUUGGUUGAUAUUAGAAAUGCUUAAAGAAUGUAUUGGCCCCUGUCUAAAGAGGCCAGUAUAAUGUAAACAGAAACUUUCUAGGAAGCAUCUUGUCAGAUAUAGUCAGUAGCUAUGGAAAGAAGUUCAAGCAAAGUUCCACGUGAAACUGGAGAUGGACCUGUAAAAGAAAAUGCCUUGGACUUUGAGACCUUGGGAGCCAUUGCUCAUGUUUAUAGGAAUCAGGGUAAUGAAGCCUUCAAGAAAGGAGACUUCCUCAAUGCUGUCCUCUUUUACACAGAAGGAAUUAAAGUUAACUGCAAUGACAUAGAACUGAAAGCCAAACUGUACAACAACAGGGCAAUUGUACAUUUUAAAUUAGGAAAUUAUCAUGACUCACUAAGCGAUGCAAGAGCUGCCACUGAGUUACAACCAGCAUUCCUCAAGGCAAUUGUGAGAGGAGCCACUGCCAGUGCUGAACUGAAGAAAUUUGAAGAAGCCAUCACAUGGUGUAAUAAGGGUUUAGCUAUUGACCAAAAUAACAAGAUCUUGUUGGCGUUAAAAACCCAGUCUGUCGAAGAACUAGCGGGAGAGUUCAUGGACAAAAAAGAUCAAGGCAACCGUGAUAUCACUUCCAACAGUUCAGGUGAUAUCAAGAAAGUCUUUGACUGUUGUCAUCUAAAUCUUAAAAUCGCAAAAGAAAGAAGAGACAGAGCUGGGGAAGGAUAUGCCUAUGGCAGCCUCGGGAAUGCUUUCGAACAAGUAGGCGAUUUAAAAAAAGCUCUGAACUACUAUAAUUUGUGUCUUCAGAUUGCAAAAGAAGUUAGAGACACACCCUUGAAAGGUAAAGCUUGUGGCUGUCUUGGCAGUGCUUAUCACAAGCUGGGUGAUUUCAAAAAAGCCGUAGAAUAUCACAAUAUGUCUCUCAAAAUUUUUAAGGAAAUGGGAGAUAAGCGUAACGAGGGUGCUGCUUACAGCAAUCUUGGAAUUGCUAAUCGAUGUCUGGGUAAUUUGAGAAAAGCCGUAGAGUACCAGAACUUACAUCUUGAAAUUGCUAGAGAAGUAGGAGACAAGCACAGUGAGGGUAGAGCUUAUGGUAAUCUUGGCAAUGCUCAUCACAAUUUAGGCGAUGUCAAAAACGCCAUAGAGUACCAUAACCUACAUCUUGCAAUAAGUAAAGAAAUGGGAGAUAGGCAUGGUGAGAGUAGCGCUUAUGGUAGCCUUGGGAUUGCCUACGACAGUCUGGGAGAUUUCAAAAACGCCUUGAAGUACCACAACUUACAUCUUGAAAUUACCAAAGAAAUAGGAGACAAGCAUGGGGAGGGAAAGGCUCAUGGCAAUCUCGGCAUUACCUAUAACAGUUUGAGCGAUUUCAAUAAAGCUAUACAUUGUCACAGACUAAGUGCUGAAAUUAGUAAAGAAAUAGGUGACAGGCAUGGGGAGGGUAGUUCUUAUGGCAGCCUCGGUAGUGCUUACAGACAACUGGGAAAUUUGAAAAAGUCUAUAGAGUACCACAACCUACAUCUUGAAAUUGCUAAAGAAGUAGGAGACAAGCAUCAGGAGGGUGGUGCUUAUGGCAAUUUAGGCAAUGCUUAUAACAUGCUUGGUGAUGUCAAAAAAGCGAUAGAGUACCACAACCUAGAUCUUAAAGUUAUGAAAGAAGUAGGAAACAAGCAUGGGGAGGCUAGUGCUUAUGGAAAUCUAAGCACUGCUUAUCAGGGUUUGGGAGAUUAUAAAAAGGCCAUAGAGUAUCUAAUCCUACUUCUUGAUAUUAUGAAAGAAGUAGGAGACAAGCAUGGGGAGGGUGGUGCUUAUGGCAAUCUCGGCAGUGCUUAUCAUGCUCUGAGUGACUUCAAAAAAGCCAUAGACUACUUCAGCAUACAUCUUGAAAUUAGCGAAGAAAUAGGAGACAAGCUUGGGAAGGGUGUAGCCUAUAGUAAUCUUGGCAAUGCUUACGACAGUCUGGGCGAUUUCAAAAAAGCCUUAGAGUACCACAUGCUACAUCUUGAUAUCGCUAAAGAAAUAGGAGACAAGUAUGGCGAGGGGGGUGCUUAUGGUAGUCUUGGCAAUGUUUAUUUAUGUCUGGGCGAUCUCCAAAACGCCCUGAAGUUCCUCAAUGCACAUCUUAAAAUUGCUACUGAACUUGGCAACAAGCGUGGAGAGGGUAAUGCUUAUGGCAAUAUUGGCAAGAUCUAUCUGCUUCUGGGCGAUUUCAAAAAGGCCAUAGAGUACCACAACCUGAAUCUGGAAAUAAUUAAAGAAAUAGGAGAUAAGCAUGGGGAAGGUAUAUCGUAUGGUAGACUUGGAAAUGAUUAUCUAGCUUUGGGUGAUCUAAUGAAGGCCGAAGACUUUUUCAGGCGACAACUUGAUAUUACCAAAGAAGUCGGUGACAAAUCAUCAGAGGCAGCAGCCUACUAUUCAUUGGCUUUCCUUUUCGAAUCUCAGGGCCGACUACCAACAGCCGUUGAACAUUAUAAAGCCAGUAUAGCGCUCUACGAUGCUAUGCGAAGCCUUCUCAAAUCGAAAGAUGAGUGGAAAGUUAAUUUUCGACAUAAAGCUCAGAGAGCUUAUACAGGCUUCUGGAAAGCACUCGUGAAACAAGGUGAGAUAGACGAGGCCUUGUUUGCAGCGGAGAAAGGACGCGCACAAGCUCUAGUUGACCUGAUGGAAUGUAGUUUUCAUGAUGGGGCAGGUUCGCCCGAAGAAGCAGUUUUAAAGAACCCUUUCGAAGAGGAGGAGGAAUAUUUAGAAGUUUUAAGGUACGUUCCAUUAAACACUGUUUUUCAAGCAGUCGACUACCCAGACGUCAGUCUUUGGGUAAUUCCCCAAGGAAAACAAGUUCAAUUAAAACAGAAUAAAGUAGAACAUACUGUUUCAGAGAAUAAUGAUGCUCCCCAGUCCUUUGAGUUGCUCGUCCUCGAUGCUUAUGACAAAAUUGGGGUUAAUGUAGAUUUGACAUGCGAGGAUCGGUCUUUGAAUGCUUUUAGGGAAAGCGGUAUAAAAGAGAACGAGAGAACGAAAAGAGAAAACCCCCAACCUUCCGCAGAACAAGAAGAUUGCUUGAACACUUUGUAUAACCUCAUUAUUCAGCCAAUCAUUGAUCUAAUCCAAGGCGAUGAGCUAGUCAUUGUUCCCGAUGGACCCUUUUGGCUAGUUCCUUAUGCUGCAUUCAAGAAUGCCGAUUCUAAAUUCCUGUUUGAAUCCUUUAGAAUCCGACUUGCUCCAUCUUUGACAAGUUUCAGGCUCAUUGCCGAUUGCCCAGAAGAUUACCACAGAAGAAGUGGUGCCUUACUUGUUGGAGAUCCGUGGGUGACCGACAUUCCAUGGACUUACCCCAAUGGAGAAAAAAUGUUCAAGCAGCUCCCGUUUGCUGUAAAGGAAGUAGAAAUGAUCGGGAAGAUCCUGGAUGUCACACCACUCACUGGUAGACAGGCAACGAAGCGUGAGGUGUUGAAAAAACUCAGUUCCGUUGCUUUAGUUCACUUUGCAGCUCACGGUAGCAUGGAUACUGGCGAAAUUGCUCUUACACCUGACCCAGAGAGAUUAUCCGCGGAAAUUACGAAGGAGGAUUUCAUUUUGACAAUUGGAGAAGUGUUAAAUGCUCAACUUCGCGCCAAACUUGUUGUACUCAGUUGCUGCCACAGUGGUCGGGGCGAAAUCAAAGCUGAGGGUGUGGUCGGCAUUGCGCGCGCGUUUAUGGCGGUUGGUGCUCGUUCUCUUUUAGUGGCUCUUUGGGCAAUUGACGACGAGGCUACACUGGAGUUCAUGAAAUGCUUCUACCAUCACCUUGCAGAGGGAAGACGUGCAAGCGAGUCUCUGAACCUGGCCAUGAAAAGUUUGAGGGAAUCCGAGAAGUUCAGUAAAAUCAAAUUCUGGGCUCCUUUUUUGCUGAUUGGCGAUGACGUCACUCUCGACUUCGGUGCGUUGAAAUGAAUACAUUUAAGAUCAAAAUUAUUAAGAUCAAAAUUACUUGUCACUAAAAUUAGAGACCUCUCAGACUUGAAAACACGCGAAGGUAUAAAACGCUCUAGACCAGAAUGUUUUUUUUUCUUGCAUUGACGUUUUUGAUCUUUUCUAUUAUUCUUUUCAUUACUUGUCAACACGUUUCUGUUUGAUUUAUAUAAAUUUCAUCGUGUCAGGAAGAUAUAUAUCCUUAGUAUUGGGAAGAAAUAAAGAAAGACCACUCUAUGUUACGUCGACCAGAAAAUGUGUUGUUAUUUUUCCUCUGCUUUUUCACUUGCUUGCCAAGAUUGCGAAAUGUACCACGGCUUGUCACCUGAAUGAAAUAAUGAUUAUGAUGUCUUUCGCCAAGCUGACAGUCAACUGCUUUCCCUUUCUUCUUCUUUUAUUAUUCUCCUUAACAAAGAGUGAGGUCAUCGCCGUUUUGUUACUUACAUGCUCUAAACUUUUUUUAAAGUGGAGGAACGGUUCGCCGUUUUUUAGGGAAUAGGGGUCAUUUAGUAAACUUUGAUCUUUUCUCUUUAUUAUGAAUGACACUUACUGACAAUUUGGUGUUACCUUGAAAAAGUGCUAGGUUGUUGCUCUUUCAAGCAGAAUCUGAUUCCUCUAAAUUGAUUCUAAUUCUGUAACUGUCGAGAUUGCCAUUCCACGAUUUAUUGAAAAAACUAACUACCAAAGUUAAUGUGGCCAUAUGUCAGACUUGUUAGAUUCACUUUAAUGAAAAAGGGUUUGAUCAUAUUCAAUGUUUUAUCAAACACUCGCCUAUUCACAGUUAAGAGCCACUGACCGUAAAUAUCGACAGCUGUUGGCGGACAUUCGAUCGAUGGUCAGUGGCUCGUAAGGUUUGAGAACAAGCUAAGAGAAAAAGAUACAAGGCUUUAAGGUAUAAUACUUUCAACAUUCUGAAUAUUCCCAGUUCUUAACUUUUAUGCUUAACACCUACCUAUGUAUGAUAUGAGGAAUUUUUGAUGUAUCUCACGCACUUGGUAUUUAGGUUUUUAUUUUACACUUAGAUGCGGAGGACAGUUUUCUGUUUAGGAUCCAUCAGGUGGUCAAAAGUUUUAAGAUGUGCUGUAAUCCAGCUGCUUCGGAGUAAAG